AUGCGAGUCCUCCGAUUCCCCCGGAGCGACAAGGAAUCGACACACGUGCUCGUCAACGUCUCCUCUGCCGGACCGAAACCUUUGGACCUCAAGCUCGCGGCCACCGAGGGAGACGAGCCGUAUGCCUGCGUCUUGAAGCAUGAUCGAGUGUCUUCACUCCGAGUCAAGAAUUGCCCGGCCUCGGAGGAUGAGUGGGAGCACAUCUUGGAUGCUUUAUUACGGCAAGAGCCCGUCGAGGACAUCCAGGUGGCUGCCGCUGUUCAGCCCGAAUCAUCCAUUUCCCUCACCGUCCGGAAGCAAGUGCAAGGCAUCACACAACGACUCGGUGCCGUCACCCUGAAAUGUGAUCAGAGUGAACGGAUCGAGCUGUUUCAGUGGUGCGAUUGGUCCCUCGACGCGUUGGCCAAGCACAGGAAAGAGGCGGCCGAUUCAGCAGCCAAGGCCCGGGAAAUGGAGGCUGAGGUGGCCGUUCUCCAAGCUCAGUUGGAUGAGCUAUUGCAGGCAAAGCAAGAUGACGAAGCAGCUUUACUGCUCAAAUUCAGGGACCUGCUCAACGAAAAGAAGGUCAAGAUUCGCGAGCAACAGAAAAUUAUCACCGCGUCUUCAUUCAGAAAACAAGACUCGGCGUCCUCGCAGCCGCAACAGGCGGGAGACAAUCGGGCGCCUCACCCAGCCCCGUCUCGAGCCAGAAAGAGAAAGGCUGCAAGGAGAAACGUGUCCGAAGAGACUUCAGACGACAGCGAUCAGGCCAUGGAUGAAGCUGCUGUCAAGUCAGAGCCAGAUGAUAUGGAUCCCGGCAACACCAGUGACGGCACAGCUUCAGCGAGCGACGACCAGGACGACGACAGCCCCGCCGAGCUAGGAACCGCUCGUGACGUCGAGCCAGGUCGCUCGGCUUCAACGGGUAGCAAAGGCGGGCAACAAGAGGCGCCUCUUAAAAAGACAACACGAGGCCCCCCUCCUCGGCGAGAUCUGCCCUUUGCAAAUAAACAGACCACUGCUCCACCGCGAGCAGACGAAGAAACGGAAUCUGAUGACGAGCUAUGA